GAAGAUGAGCGGUUUCAAUCUCAGAAAGAGGCCUCGGGUCUGCUACUACGAGCCAGAGGAGCCUCCCUUCGACGAGUUCAUUUACUGCUCCGAGUGCCGGGACUAUGUGUAUGAGUACUGCGCAAUACAUGGCCCGUUACUUGUUAUACCCGAUGACAAGGGGCGGGAAUAGGCGUGUUCAGCACGCUGACGCUGCCCAGCGGCGUGCGCUUCGGGCCCUACCGCGGCCGCCGCCUCAAGACCGCGCUCGACUCCGGAUACGAAUGGCAGCUGUACGACCGCAACAACAGGCCGAGCCACGUGGUGGACGCGAGCGACGGCAACAACUCCAACUGGAUGCGGUACGUCAACUGCGCGCGGCGCUACUCCGAGCAGAACCUGGUCGCCUUCCAGUAUCAGGGCGACCUCUACUACAGGCGAGUGCUCUUAUAUUGACGGUGAAGAUCGUGCCGCGCUUCACGGAGCUGCUGGUGUUCUACGGCAGCGAGUUCGCCAACCGGCUCUGCGUCGACCUGCGCCGCUACACCAAACCCUGCGACUGCGAAUACUGUCAAGCUGGACUUGGUGCCAAAAAGGAACCAGAGAAAAUAAACAAAGGUGAAACGUCUAAUGAAAAGAAGAACGAAACAGAUAUUAAAGAUGCUAGUUCAGGACAAGCGAUACUUGACACUAAAAAAGAACUUGCGAAAACAAACAAACGUAAAACGCGUAGAAGAUAG